UGUGACUCGGCUGGGCCCCCAGAGGCGGGCGAUGUGAAGAUGUCAGUGGGCUGUGCCUGUCCUGGUGAGUGGGGCGUGCGGCCACUUGGCCCCUUCCUGCCCAACCGUCCCCGCGGACCCCUCACCCCGUGUUUGGCGAGAACUUGUGUGGGGGGCGUCGAUGGCAUGGGGGAAGCCGGGGGCUGGAAGGGCUACGCGGGGCCUCAGGCCGGCGGGUAGCGUUUUCCCCAAAUGUGUAAAUGCGCAGCAGCCCAGAAACACGGGGAGGAGACGCUGGGGAUGGCUUAUGUGUAUGGUUUUUUGGGGGUAGGCUAAUUGGGGAGAGGUUUGGGGGGGCUGAAAUUCUCAGAAUUCCAGGUUGUUAGCCAAUCAGAAGUGACUCUGGACUUUUGACCCCCCCCUCAGGUUACCAUAGAGUUGUGAUUGGCUGGUUUGGGCUGCCCCCCCUUCCCUGCUGCCCAUUGCCACUUACCUAUUCUGUGACAUCCCCCCCAUGCUGUUUCUGAGGACCCUGUUUGCAGGGAGGUAUUGAUUGGGGCCCAUCUUGCCCCCCCCCUUCAACUUUUCCUGCCUGUUGCCAGGGAAGGUUGGCCCUCCUGAGGCACCGGAGGUACUCCUAAGAGGUGCCAGAUAAUUGGACCCUUGGGUCUGCAUCUCCGCCCUAGUGGGAAGGCAGGCUAGGAAAUAGAGUGAUUUGUGGAGAGGUAAGCUGGGGGAGCAAUACUUGACCCAAAACUGAGAACUUGAGAGAGGACCCAGGCUCAGAUCCCUGCCUCCCCAAAACAUACCAGCUCUUGCCAGGGAUAGCCUAGGUCUGAGUUUUUUUCCUGGGGGGCUGGUCGGGGGGGGGCAGGGGGCGUCUACCUCACUGCCAGGAGGAAAGAGAGAAGCCAUGCGACUGGAGAGGUAGUCUACAGAGGGCCUCACGGCACACUGUCUCCAUCCCCGGGACUCUGGGUCUUGGAAUUGGCCCUCCUGCCCCAGACUGGAGUCAGCUUUCUCCUGGAAGUCAGUGUCCAUGAAUGUAGCCCGCUUUGGCUACAUACUUCACAACUGGACAACCCCCACUCCCCCACAAAUCCCCAAGGGAAGCUGCCAGUGCGGAAGCUUCCUUGAAAAUCAUGUGACCCAGGCCAAGCUGGGCUGGGCACACACUUGAGGUGCCUGCUGAGGCUGAUGUUUAAGGGGCAUGGGUCCCAGAAGGAGGAAUAAGAGAACCUAAGAAUCCUAGAAUAUCCGAGUAGGGAAACCACUGGCUCCUGCUGCAGAGGACUGGGGAGAGGAGAGGGAAGAGCUUGCCAAGCUGGAAUCCUGCCUGGCCCCGUCGCCCUUUCUUCUACCAGCUUGGUGUACAUGUUUAUGUGUGGAUUUUCUCCUUUAUAACUGACCCAUGCUGGGUACUCCGUUCAGAUCCAUCAUGUUCUUAGGCCACCCCAGGGCCCUGACCCUCCAUCACCACACAUGAGCGGAGCAGUUAAACUAAGGAUCUGAACAAGCUAGAGGGAUGAGUCUUAAAUUGUGAUUCUUAGUUCCUACAAAUAGUGGGUAAGCGGGUAUGUAUGCAUGGAGGGGUUGUCAGGCUGGAGGUGGAUGGGAGGUUGGCCCUGAAGUUGGGGCAGGGUGCCUGGGUCCAGUGGGAGGAGAGAGAAAAUCUCUUCUUCUUAGUCUCUGGGAGCAGCAUGGGAACAGGAAGAGGGCCGAAGCCCAGGGGUUUGUGGGUGGGUGGGAAGACAACUUCAGUCAGUGCCCCAGAAGGCAUGUUUCUUUUGUGUCUGGUCUGACUGAGGGAGAGAGGGCAAAAGAUAGGGAAGAGUGGGGAGUCUUUUUCCAGAUUGUGAAGAAGUCUUACAGAUUGAUGCCAAAGAGGGUGGAUGGAGGUUAAACUUCAAGGAGAACCACAUGGGGAGGGCUUCAGAGUAGACUGGAGGUGGGGAAUAGUAGCAGUUGGGGUUAGAGAGGGGACCUGGCUUGCGGCUUGCUUGGAUGGGGGAGCACACGCUUGAACACAAGGAUAGCAUGGCAGCAUGUAGCAGUCCAGGCCCGAAGACUUCCCCCACCUUGAGCAGCCCUGGGGUGAGGGCUGAGGCUCCCUGGCAGGCCGCCUGCCGCCUGCUUGCCUGCCUGUCUGAGUCUCUCCUUUGUGCUCUGCUGUCUCCGGGCUCCUCCUCCUCCCCCAGCCCAGCAGAGACAGCACAUGCCCCACACAUGUGACUGAGGGAAGCAAGAGCGCACACAGACCCACACACAUGCACACGCAGAAGCACCACAAGAUACACACAUACACACGCCCAGCUCCCAUAGUGCUCCUGGGGUGAGGACCAGCUUCUGGGGCUGGAAUGGCUGGGAGCAGGGAGAGCCUCUGGCUAAGGGGCAUCACCCUGAGCAAGAUGCUGAGGGGGCCAGGGCCUGUCUAGGGCAGCAUGUGGCUCAGAAGGGUUAAGGCAGGGAGGAGUAGGGGGAGGGGAGGAGGCAGCAGUGGUGGCGGCUGGGAGCCAGGAGAGGAGGAUGGCAGAGUGCCAGGCCAACGGGAGGCCGGGCACAGACAAAGGAAGGGGGGCAGGCACACUGGAGGCCUGGGUCAGGGAGCCCCAGGGGCCCGGGCAGGGGGCAGUGCUGGUACCUUAUUCUGUGGGCUGGGGCUGGCUGCUGCCCUUUGAGUCCCCACCUCCAGGAGGAGUACUUUCCCUCAUCAUCUUUGUCAUUAUUUGCUGCUCCCUCCACCUCACCACCAAUUCUAAGGCCUUCUAACUCAGACUUGCUCUUUUUAGCUGGAUCUGUUCUGCCCCUGUGCAACUGGGUGAAUCGGGUCAGAGCAGAGAAAGGAGCAGACUUGCUGGAGAAGGAGAACUAGGAGGCCUGUUUUGAAUGGUUUGCCAGUCUUGAUACAUCUUGGCAUUUAGGGACCCCUCCACCCCACAGCGACACUAGAGGGCCCUUGUAGUCCCUCCUGUCUGAGGAGACAGGGUGGGUGCGGGGUUCUGAGCUCUGGGCUGGAGGCAAAAGCCAGAGCACAUUCCCCCCUCCCCAUGUGGACGGUGAUUGGAGGCCUGGAGGGGGAAGGGAGUAGGAAUGGCUGCAGGGCUUGGCUUGUAUCUGGUGGGUUUAGAAGUGCAGGGUUCAACACCCCCACCCCCCAACCCACCCUGGUCAUCCUGUCUCAGUGGGUUCUGUUAGGAUCUCACUGUUAGGAUAUUUGGCCCUAUGUGCUAUGAGGAUCUCUUGAGGUACUGCCUGUGAAUGCACUUUGGAAAGUUUAAAGGCAGUGGGGAAGUGGGACUACCCCAGAGUUAAGCUGUAAAUUUGGGAGUCAGUGGGAAUGCCUUAAGUCCUGGUGAUAGGCUGUAUGUUGCAGGGUCUGGCUGAAUGUUACAGAUUUCAAUACGUUUGUGAAAGCUGGGGUUUAUUCUAUGGCCAGGCUGUGAUGAGGAAUGGUACACAGGCUUCAGAGAGGGUGAUUUAUAGGUUAAGUCCUUGCAUAAUAAAUGAUCAGGGUGUGUAUGUGAUAGGCUGUCACAGGUUUAGGGGUUAUAACACAGUUUUGGUGUGUGUAUUGAGGUCAGGAUGCGUGUCAUAGGUCCCAGUGUGUAUGACUUAGACUGUGUGUGUGUGUAUAUAUCCAGGAUUUGGGUAUAUUUAGGUUUUGAGAUACAUCACAGGUUGAUGGCCAGAUGCGGUGGCUCACAUCUGUAAUACUAGCACUUUGGGAGGCCAAGGUGGGUGGAUCACCUGAGGUCAGGUGUUUGAGACAGCCUGGCCAACAUAGUGAAACCCUGUCUCUACUAAAAAUACAAACAUUAGCUGGGUAUGGUGGCAUUUACCUGUAAUCUCAGCUACUCAGGAGGCUGAGGCAGGAGAAUUGCUUGAACCCAGGAGGUAGAGGUUGCAGUGAGCCAAGAUUGCGCCACUGCACUCCAGCCUAAGCAACAGAGCGAGACUCCGUCUUGGAAAAAAGAUACAUCACAGGUUGAAAUGUGUAUCAGGUAGUGAUUUAUGUGAAAGUGAGAUGUGUUAUUUAUGUGAAGAUGUUCACAGAGCCAGGUGCAAUAUUACUGCACAGUUAACUAGUGAGUAUGUCAUGAGAAAUCCUGUCCUUGGAGUUAUGUGUGAAUAUAGUUGGGGGUAGGAGGCAGGAAGUAGAGAAACAAACACUCAAAUUGCAAAGAAGGAAAUAGAAGGUUCGUGCUCCCCCUUCCCGUGUGUGUGUGUGUGUGUGUGUGUGCGCGCGCGCUAUGUAUUUUCCUUUUCCUAUCUGCCCACGAGUAAGGUCUGGACCACUACCUAAGUUUUAGAAAUACUCCCUCCUGCUACAACAAAAUUACCUUAGAAAAAAAAAAUAGAAAUACCUGCUCCCUUGGGAUGCCCUGCUGGAUGGGAGAACAGGCCCUAUCCACUAACCACACCUUUUUUUUUCUGGGGUGGUGGGGAGGAUUCAGCAGCAAACUAAGCUCCUUCUGGGGACCCUUGGAUGGCCAAGUUGGCUUUCCCUAGCUCUGACAAUACCUCUUUCCCUGGCACCCACUUGUCUUCAGUGGUGGUGGGGAAGGGGGCUUCCUGUUAAGGGAGAUCUAAGUCAAGGCUUGGAAUUUAGCUGGGUUGGGGGCAGGGAAGCCUGGAGUGUCCCCCUCCCUCCAAUCAGUGUUUACAGGCUGAUGUCAGAAUGUGUGUCUGUCAAAAAUAACCCCCUGGAGCUUCUCCCCACAGCUGCUCCAGGAUUUCACCAGGGGAGCCCAGGGUGGCAGCCUGGGCCAGCCUUCAACCUGAGCGAUCACAGGGGCGAGAAAGAUUUGGGGGAGGUUUGGGAGGUGCUUUGAAGAUCUUGGAGUCUGCAGAGAGGAGCCCGCCCUCCUCCAUCUCUGCCAGUGGCUUUGGUCCUCCUGCUCACUCCUGAGCACCGCGCCUGGGGCUCCGGGGAGGCGGGCUGCAUUUCAUUCCUGGCCCCCACAGGCCUCUCCUCCAUCCAGGUCUCUCCUGGCCCAAUCUGAUCCGUCCCCUGUCUCUCCCAGUCUCUGUCUCUCUUUUGUUUUUCUCAGCAGUCCCUCCGUCCCAGCCUCCCUCCCUCCCUUGCUCUUCCUCUUUCCUCUCAGGGAGGGGGCGGGGCCGGUGGGGGCAGCUCCACCCUCCGCCCGCCCUGGGGCCUCAUUCUGAGAGAGGCUCGGAGAGAGCGAGUGGGGAGGGAGGGAGGCAGGGAGAGAAAGGGAGAAAGGCAGGCAGCCGGCGGGCGCUGCGUGUGUGUCUGAGUGUGCGAGUGUGAGUGAGUGUGAGUGCCGGGUCCUACCUCUCCUGGUGCCCCCAGCAGAGGGGCCCGGUGGCCUGGGGAGGGCGGGCGGGCUGCUCGGAGGCAGAGGCAGCGAGAGGCGGCGGCGGGGAGAGCCGAGGAGGAGGAGGAGGAGAGAGGAAAGAGCGGAGCAGCCAUUGUUGAGGGAAACCUUGCAAACAAAGAAGGCUCCGGACUCCCCGCGGCCCCCCGCCCCCCAGGCAGGCCCCCUGGCCCCCAGCCCCCGGCCCAGUGACCAUUGUAACUUUCCUCCGGGGCUGCGGCCGCCGCGGGGCGGGCCGAGGCUGUGCGUGCCAGUCUUUGUGCGGCCGGCGGACUGGAGCUCCCAGUCGGGCCUGCCUGUCCCACUCGGGACAUGAGCUGCUGAAGUUGUGCCCGCGUCAGCCCUCACCCCUGCCAGGACUCCUCUGGGCUUGCAGUCGCUCCCCGCACCUCUCCUGGCCCCCUCAGUUCUCCCAGGUUGUUCCUCAAAGUCAUUCAAGCUGUACUCGCCGAAGGAGCCCCCGAACGGCAACGCCUUUCCCCCCUUCCAUCCCGGCACCAUGCUGGAUAGGGAUGUGGGCCCAACUCCCAUGUACCCGCCUACAUACCUGGAGCCAGGGAUUGGGAGGCACACACCAUAUGGCAACCAAACUGACUACAGAAUAUUUGAGCUUAACAAAAGGCUUCAGAACUGGACAGAGGAAUGUGACAAUCUCUGGUGGGAUGCAUUCACGACUGAGUUCUUUGAGGACGAUGCCAUGUUGACCAUCACUUUCUGCCUGGAGGAUGGACCAAAGAGAUAUACCAUUGGCCGGACCCUGAUCCCACGCUACUUCCGCAGCAUCUUUGAGGGGGGUGCUACGGAGCUGUACUAUGUUCUUAAGCACCCCAAGGAGGCAUUCCACAGCAACUUUGUGUCCCUCGACUGUGACCAGGGCAGCAUGGUGACCCAGCAUGGCAAGCCCAUGUUCACCCAGGUGUGUGUGGAGGGCCGGUUGUACCUGGAGUUCAUGUUUGACGACAUGAUGCGGAUAAAGACGUGGCACUUCAGCAUUCGGCAGCACCGAGAGCUCAUCCCCCGCAGCAUCCUUGCCAUGCAUGCCCAAGACCCCCAGAUGUUGGAUCAGCUCUCCAAAAACAUCACCCGGUGUGGGCUGUCCAAUUCCACUCUUAACUACCUCCGACUCUGUGUGAUACUGGAGCCCAUGCAAGAGCUCAUGUCCCGCCACAAGACCUACAGCCUCAGCCCCCGCGACUGCCUCAAGACCUGCCUUUUCCAGAAGUGGCAGCGCAUGGUAGCACCCCCUGCGGAGCCCACACGUCAGCAGCCCAGCAAACGGCGGAAACGGAAGAUGUCAGGGGGCAGCACCAUGAGCUCGGGGGGUGGCAACACCAACAACAGCAACAGCAAGAAGAAGAGCCCAGCUAGCACCUUCGCCCUCUCCAGCCAGGUACCUGAUGUGAUGGUGGUGGGGGAGCCCACCCUGAUGGGCGGGGAGUUCGGGGACGAGGACGAGAGGCUCAUCACCCGGCUGGAGAACACCCAGUUUGACGCAGCCAACGGCAUUGACGACGAGGACAGCUUUAACAACUCCCCUGCACUGGGCGCCAACAGCCCCUGGAACAGCAAGCCUCCGUCCAGCCAAGAAAGCAAAUCGGAGAACCCCACGUCACAGGCCUCCCAGUAAAAGGCCCUGCCAUGGCCACCCAGUGCUCUGCCUACCUGCCCCACCCCUCGCAGUCCCAGGGAGCAGAAGACAGAAUGAAGAGACUGAGCAUCUAAAAUGGGCAGGCUCCAUCCACCCGCUUCAGGGAGGAACUGGACUCGCUGGGGGCAGGUGCCAAGAUUUGCCCCCCCAGUGGCCCUGGGCUGGGCCUGGCCUCUGCAGAGCCUUUUAGGGGAAGGGGGUACUCAUGUGGAUGCCUACUUGGAACCUGGGCCUCUGAGACAUGUCCUGACUACCCCCCAGGGCAUUUGCCUCCAUCCUCACCCCAGAUUGUGGGUUUCCCAUCCCCCUGACUUUACCCCUUUCAAGCCUGGGGUUGUCUAUACUCACAGCCCUUAGGGACUUAAAGUUAUGGGGCUUGGUUGAAUGCCCCUUCCCCUAGGCAGCUGGUAAUAGAGGAGUAAAGCUCUGGGCCCCUCCUCCCUGCUGCCACUUACCCAGCUCCAAGUUUUUAAAAAAAUAAUAUUAUUAAAAAUGUAAGUUAAAAAAAAAUCACUCAUGUCCCCCCCUCUCCCACCUAUUAAAAGUCCAGCUACCUCCCUGUUCUUGGUAGAUGGGGGCCUAGGGCCUAGGUGGGGGUGAGAGUCGGGGAGGGAGGUAUGCAUACCAUUUUAUACGGUGUGUGAGAGCUUCAGACCAAGGAGACAUUUUGCCAUCUCUCCCCCUUUCCUCUGGGGUGACUGCAGUUGAGGAAAGCAUGCCAUGGGGUAGGGGGACACUGGUGGCCACAUCUUGGUGACAGACCCCUGCUGUUGUCUCUGUCUCCCCAUUCUCAACUCUGGCCUGCCCUCUUAGUGCUUGUGACUCCCUCUCUUCCAGCCCCACCCCCAUGGUAUGUAUAUUCCUUACAAGUCCUCCACAAGAGCAGCUGUCUAGGAUGCAGGGCGGGGAGGCUCCUUUCCUUAGGGAGCGUGGAGAGAAGGGAGCAGCCUUGUUGCUGUAUUUUUGGUUUUGUUUCAGUUGGGCAGGCAUGGGAUGGGAGAGGGGCUUAGCCACUUUCCUCCAGAAUCCUCCCUCAACCCCUCCAACUGCAUAUGUAAUCCUACUCUGUCCUUCAUAGAGGGGAAGGAGCCACAGAUGACGUCCCAGUUCUAAGCCCACCAGAGAGAAACAGGCCUCUGUCCCCCUAGGUGAGGUAGAGGGUCUUCAGCUGCCAGUAUCCCCUGCCGCUCCUUCCUCACAGAAGGGAGGAGGAGGAGGCAGCCGGGAUCCUCAGCUCUGCCAGGGUGCAGCCAGGAGCAAGGGUUUCACGCAGCUGGGCCAGCUCUGUGGCUUUGCUGCCUUUUCCUGUGGCCAGUCCCAGGAAGUGCUAGCACCACCUCUCUCCCCACUUUUCCCUCUGGAUUCUGGGGUCCCCCACACCGUAUUUCCUCCACUCCAGCAGCCACUUUUGGAAGGGUAUUGAGUCAGGAGCUGAGGGAAGGGAUGAGGAAGGUGGACAUCCCACCCCAACUGUAAUGCCUUUUUUUUUUUUUUUUUUUUUUUUUUGGGCCAUUUGAGUCAUGUAUGGUACCGAUCAAUAAAGAGACUUUUCGGUU